AUGGAGGGCGGCCCCAGCACGCAGUUCGAUAAAUAUACAAAAAUUUGGAGUGGACCAAGGCCGGCGCAUUUCUUUGACGCCGAUUGCUCCAUUGGCAAAAUACUUUUUGCCUUUAUGCGCAAUCAUCCGGCGAGCCUAUGUCAGAUUUCCGACACGGAGGGCACUGCCUUGACCAAUGGCGAGGCCAUAAGCUUUGCCAUACGCAUCGCCCAGCAACUGAAGGCGAUGCAUCUGCGACAGGACGAUGUCGUUGGCAUUGCGGGCACCAACACCACAUAUCUGAUGCCAGUAGUGCUGGGCUGUCUCCUCAAUGGCACUCCCUUUCAUGCUGUCAGCCCCUGGCACGAUGAGGCCACCUUCAAGCAUUUGUUUUGCAUCACCCGACCGCGCAUCAUUUUUUGCGAUGGCACCGUCUAUGACAGACUCAGCGCCAUUGCCAAAAUGCUAAAGGCGCCCGUUUAUACGCUCAAGGAUCAUCGAAUCCAACUGCCGCGCAUUGAGGAUCUCCUGGAGCCUACCAAACAGGAAAUGUACUAUAUACCGGAGCCACUAAUGCUAGGCGGCGAUCAAACCGUGGCUAUACUCUGCACCUCUGGCACGACGGGUUUGCCCAAAGCGGUUUGUAUUUCGAACUCCGCUUGCCUGUUCGAUUUUGGCUUUGUCACCGGCCAGGAUGUGCUGCUCUCGUUCAGCACGAUCGACUGGGCGCCGGGUAUGUUCAACAUGCUCUUCAGCUGCUGCCAUGGCUCGACGCGCGUCAUCACCGAUCGCGCCUAUACGCCCGAAUAUUUGCUGCAGCUGAUCGAGAAGUAUAAGGUCACGCUGCUGACCCUGGCGCCUCAGCAGGCCGCCUCGCUGCUGAAAGCGCCCACGCUCAACAAACAGAGAUUGGCCAGCGUGCGCUUUAUCAGCAUUGGGGGCGGCAAUUGCUAUGUGGCCAAUCUGUUAAAGUUACAGGAAUAUCUGCUGAAUGGUCAAAUCUCCUACGGCUAUGCCUUGACCGAAUGUGGCGGUGUGGCGGCAAAUAUGGGCGUGGCCAAGCCCUCAUCAGUGGGCAGAAUUGUGCCCGGCGUUAAGGUGAAAAUACUGGACGACGCCGGUCGCAGCUUGGGCCAUGGCGAAACGGGUGAGAUUCUAGUGCACAAUGGCAAGGUAUGGAAUGGCUAUUAUGGCAAUCCGAAUGAAUCAAAACGCAUGCAGGACUAUCAGGGCUGGUUCCAUACCGGCGACAUGGGCUACUUUGACAACGAGAACUUCUUGCACAUUGUGGAACGCAAACGGGACAUGUUGCGCUUCCAUGGCGCCCAAUAUUGCCCCUACGAAGUGGAGCAGGUCAUAGCCGAGCUGCCGGAUGUAAUUGAGGCGUGUGUCUUUGGCCUGUGGAACGAGGUGGACGGUGAUCCCGCUGCUGCCGCAGUUGUUAAGGUGCCCGGCAGUCGGCUCACCGAAAUGGAUAUUGUGGAAUAUGUUGCCAAGCGGCUGGUGGUUACCCACAAGCAGCUUCACUGUGGUGUGUUCUUUUUGAACGAAUUGCCCAAGACGGGCAGCGGCAAGGUGCUGCGUCAACAGGCCAGAGACCAGGCGUUGGGGAAAGAGUGGACCGACCAUCGCAAUGGACAUUAAUUGUUUAUAUUUUGGCCUUAAGUCUUA